CCCAGGUGCAGCGGGGGCUCGGCUGCUCUCAGGACAAAACAAACCCGUCAUCAUGGACGUCGAUGAGGAGGAGAAUAUGAGUUCAAGCAGCACUGACGUUAAGGAAAACAGAAACCUGGAUAACGUGUCCUGCAAAGAUUCGGUGGUUGAACAGCUAUCCAAUGGAAGUGGCUUGAGUGGCCGAAAGCGCCCUCUUGAAGAGGGAAACGGCGGCCAUGCACACACCAAGUUUCGAGCCAAGAAGCGCAAGAAAACACCAGGGCCUGUCUUACCCAAGAAUGCCCUCAUGCAGUUGAAUGAGAUCAAACCAGGCCUGCAGUACAAACUACAGUCUCAGACCGGCCCUGUCCAUGCACCGAUUUUUGUAAUGACUGUGGAAGUCAACGGGCAAAUGUUUGAGGGCAUAGGCCCAACUAAAAAGAAGGCUAAAUUAAAUGCAGCUGAGAAAGCACUGCGUUCCUUUGUUCAAUUCCCCAAUGCAUCUGAGGCACAUCUGGCUAUGGGUCGAACACUGACGGUGAACACAGACUUUACAUCAGACCAAGCCGACUUUCCAGACAUGCUCUUCAAUGGUUUCGAGACACCAGCCACACCUGAAGAGUCCUUCUAUCUCGGCUCGAAUGGCAACAGCUCUUUAAGUUCUCUAGCGGAGUAUCCACUGCCCACGCCACCUGGCAGCAACCUUGCCCAGGCACCGCUGCCCCCUCCAUCAGCCUUUAGCUCACCCUCCAGUGGCAAGAACCCCGUCAUGAUUCUCAAUGAGCUCAGGCCGGGCCUCAAAUAUGACUUCGUGUCAGAGAGCGGUGAGAGUCAUGCCAAGAAUUUUGUGAUGUCAGUCACAGUGGAUGCACAGAUGUUUGAAGGCUCAGGACGCAAUAAGAAGCUGGCUAAAGCCCGGGCAUCACAGGCUGCCCUCUCAGCUCUGUUCAACAUGCAGCUAGACCAGACACCAUCACGGCAGCCCAUACCAAGAGAGGGAUUGCAGCUUCACCUGCCACAGGUAAGUCAUUAAUUUUACAUAUGCAAUGACAUAGUGAAGUAUCUGUCCUGGCUGGAAUCAUUUCCACUCCUGGCUUUUAAGGACAGAAUUUAAGAUACGUUUAGAAAGAAAUGUUGUUGAACCUAUUUUGUGUAUUCAAUGUUUAAUAAAAUCUCUAAAGUUUAUGAGUGCCAAAAUUAAGUGCUCUCAUACAGUAAUGAAUUUAGAGUAAAUAAUUUUUACUGCCAGUGUUCUUUUGACAAGUCUGGGAAUGGACACACAAACAUUUGCAAGUCACUCAAUAUGUCUUGGACUUGGACAACCACUAAGAAAUAAAAACAUCAUGGUGCUCUCUAGUAAAUCUAUGUAGAGGAGCCAAUUCUCCAAAAUGUUCUGACCCUCCAAGAAGGGAACUAAUGAUGUAAGACACCCAUGACAACUCUGAAGGCAUUAUUACUUGGGUAUAGUGAAACCUUUGUUGCAUCUCCACUUCCACAGCUUCAUAGUGGGGUGGAACAGUGAAGAAAUUUCUUUAA